CACCCGACCCCCACGCCGAAGAAAAAACACGCGAACCCCACACUCCCCUCCGCAGCAAGCCGCCGCCGCCGCCGGUUCCCUUCUGCGCUGCUCCUCGCCGCGGCUCUCUCCGGCGAAUCUGCAUGGCCGGUGGGUAGCCCCCAUCUCCCGCCCUGCUCCUCCCUAUCGCCCCGCCCGCUCCCUGUCUCCAGCAGCAGCCGACGCCCCACUCCGGCGGCCGACUGCCCACUCCGGCGGAAGCCCCCCCGUUCCCUCUCACCACCUCCCAGGCCGUGGCCAUGAGCUCGUCCGCUUGACCUUUGUUGCCUUGAAACUGGGUUUUUUUGCCCUUAGUUUCUCGCCCGGGGUGUCAGCCAAUCCUGGCUCCGCCACUGCGUCAAGGUGAUUACGGAUGAGCAGAUAGAGGUGCUCCGGAAGCAGAUCUCCAUCUACGCCAUAAUCUGCGAGCAGCUCAUCGAGAUGCACCGUGCCCUCACCACGCACCAGGACUCCAUUGCUGGUAUGAGUCUUGAUAAUCUGUACUGUGAUCCUCUAAUGGUUCAUGGAGGCCACAAGAUCACCGCGAGGCAGCGAUGGACACCAACCCAGAUGCAGCUGCAGAUCCUCGAGAACAUUUUCGACCAAGGAAAUGGAACACCAAGCAAGCAGAAGAUAAAGGACAUCACAGCGGAGCUCUCGCAGCACGGCCAGAUCUCGGAGACCAAUGUCUACAACUGGUUCCAGAACAGACGUGCACGCUCGAAGUGGAAGCAGGCAGCUUCUUCUCUACCAAAUAACGCCGAAUCCGAAGCCGAGGGGGAUGAGGAGUCCCUGACCGACAAGAAGCCUAGAUCAGACGGGUCACAGCAGCAGAACAUGGCUGUGAGAGCUCACAACCCUGAGAGGAUCUCAGAGAUGCACCGUCACUUCGAUGCAGCAGAGCGUGGGCAGGUCCGUGGUCCGAAGAUGUAUGGGUCCAGCAACGACAGCUCGAGAUAGUCGGGCGGUCUGGGCCAGAUGUCUUUCUACGAGAACGUCGUGUUGAAUCCAAGUAUGCUGAGCUGAGGAGAGCGGAUUUUCAGCGGACGAGCACCUUGGGUGUCGGUAUCUGGACCAUUCAUAUCUGCCUCGUGAUGUGCCGCUGGGAAAUUGUCUCGGUAGAACUCGCAGUAAUACAAACCGAAUACGAUAGGCUGGUCGUUGGAGUGAAUGUGCCAUGCAUGGGUGGCAGAGGACCUGAGCCCAAACAGUGUGAGCAAUUACUGAUACAACUAGAUGAUACCACGCACGUUGCUGCGGGAACUUGUAAUAAUCCACAUGUGAAAGAUUAUGGAGUGAAAAUAAGUAAACAAUGAAAAAAACUAUGUUAUUUCAAA